AUGUUUUUAGCCUAUGAUAUUAUCAUAUUCGAUUACGGGCUAAUGCAUCGCAUACUAGGGACCAGUGAAUGUAUUGCAAAUUAUCUGGACGGUGGUUUUAUGCGUUCUGUUUGGUGUUUGUCACAUACCAGUUCAUUGUUUUUACUGUUAAUCGCAUUAUUUUUCCUUAUCAAACCAAUCUGGUUACUUUGGCCAGCACUUUUGAUGCAAUCAUCUUAUGCUCUCGGAUUAGCAGUAUUGACAAUGGCAACAGCGCCAAAAAUGCUUGACGCAUUGAGCGGCAAGGUGGAUACAGAAUUCGGCACGGCAUUUACUGUUUAUCUGAUGGGUUUCACUUCGAACUGGCUUUUCACUUUUGUUCUGUGGCAUCACUACUGGUAUGUUGAGGAGAAACUCAAAGUCAUCUCUUCCAAGAAUGCUCCAACUAUUUUAUAA